AUGGGCGGGCAGGAGUCGAGGUUGGUGCCGCUCGUCAGCCACCCGGCCAUGACCGACGAACAGGUCCUUAGCGCCAUCAUGGCCCAAUCGUGGACCUCCGACGACCUCAAUGGCUGUUGGGUCGAAGGGCGGUCCCCCCUCCACGCUGCAGUCGAGGCACGACGAGGAGGUGCGGUGGUGGCUGCGUUGGUGGACAAGGGAGCCGACGUGAACCGCACGUACUCGCGGCACUUGUUCGUCACCUCCAUCGCGUCUACUUUGUUGACAGCGGGAGCGAUCGUCUAUCUGACGACGUUGAUCUACGUGCUGGGCACGUUGACGACGGCCCUGCUCAUCUCCCACUCUGAGUGCCACUCGCUGUGGUGGCUCGCCUGGUUCGGCGUGUGGCUCGUCGCCCCGCUGAGCCGGCUAGGGCGGGACGGCGCCAACGGCGGCGCGCUGCUGCUCUACUGGGACCUGGCCAUCUUCGUGUCCUACUGGCUGCUCUACGCGCCCCUGUGGACCACGCUGGUUUGCGUGGUGAUCGCGGGCCUCAGCUCGUUCUACCUGCUGCUCUCCCUCACCGAGGCCGCCAGCGCUGGCGAGCUCUACUUCCGAAGUGAAGCUCAGGGGUGGACGCCACUCCACAUGGCGUGCUACUUUGGGGACGAGGCCGUGGUCCGCGUGCUGGUGUCCAAGCGGGCCAAUGCGCGGGCCACCGACCGAAAGAACCGACGGCCCAUCGACGUGGUGCCGCCCGACCGACAAGAGGCCAUCGCUCACGCCCUUGGGGCGUCCUAG